CUCAGCGUGUGUGUGUUGCUUUAGCCGGCUCGCCAAUGCUUUUGCAUCAGUUCGCGAACGGAGCCCUGGAAGCCAUGCAUUCCACACUGCUACAGAAAGACACCACUUUCACUAAGAUCUUCGUCGGCGGCCUGCCGUACCACACCAGCGACGCCUCGCUGAGAAAGUACUUUGAGGCUUUUGGGGACAUUGACGAGGCUGUGGUGAUAACGGACAGGCAGACUGGUAAAUCCCGCGGAUACGGCUUUGUAACAAUGACGGAGCGAGGAGCGGCCGAGAGAGCCUGCAAGGAUCCUAACCCCAUUAUCGACGGCAGAAAGGCCAAUGUCAACCUCGCCUACCUCGGCGCUAAGCCGCGCAGCAUACAGCCAGGCAUAUCCAUUGGAGUGCAGCCCAUUCACCCGGCAUUCAUCCAGAGGCAGUAUGGGUUGGCCCAUCCCUACGUCUACCCACAAACCUAUGUGCAGCCCAGCCUGGUGCUGCCCACCCAGCUCUCUAGCUCGGUGAGCAGCAGCCCUUACCUGGACUACAGCGCGGCCUACACCCAGUACGCCCAGGCUGCCUUUGAGCAGCAAUAUCCCUACGCCGCCUCCCCAGCCGGCUUCCUGGGUUACAGCUAUGCCACCAGCCCCGGUGCCACAGCGGGGCCGGCCCCCGCCGCCACGGCACCAACCGCCGUCCACCCCUCCUUGCCCUCGGCCGCCGGCGCGGCCCCGGCCUUCCUGCACUACGCUCAGCAGCAGCAAAUCCAGCCCGACCGCAUGCAGUGAGCCGGCGGGAGGUGGAAGGGGGACUUCAUGAACAUCGUGGCAAAAUGCCCGUUGGGGUGACCCCGUUUUCAUGUACAGGGGUUUCAGGAAAAAGGGCGGGACUACUGCACUAUGUAUCAGGAGCGCCCCUUUGCUGAUGUGAUUGGUUAAAAAGGGUAAAGGUGUGGGAGGGUUGGGCAGGCUGACAAGCUUUAACGUAUUUGAUUGCUUCCAACAGCUUCCUAGAAGCUGACUCUUCAUUUAUUAUUAUUAUUAUUAAUAUUAUUUGUAUUGUUUAUUAUAUUGAUGUCAUCGUCAUCAUCAUUCAUUCGUCAUGGUGCCUCAUGGCUCAGUGGGUGGAAUGACGUCUGUGGUACGUAUUGAUGUUUGGAGAGCUUUCUGGGACAUAUUUCACGCUCCAAAGUACCUCAGCUGGAUGGAAGGGUGACUGCUGCUUUUGGACGCUGUGGGGACAUUGGGAGAUUAGCGUGAGAGGCCGCCCACCGUCUCCGGUCCUACGGUGAGGUAAAGCCGUACACAGUGACAAAGGAGCUCCAGCCACCCUGGAGGACACCAUGUUUCGCCUCACAAAAAACAGGAAGUCUCAACACCAAGACUUGGAGCUGCAUCGUGUUCAGCCUGGAGCGUAUCAGCAAGACAUUUUAUUCUUUUUAUGAAAGGGGCCUUAAUAAAUCAAAAACUCCACCUUUUUUAAUCUCCUGAGGUCCCAAGAGAACCAAGUGCAGACUUUGUAACCGUUUAGUCUUCAUGUACCUGACCCGCUAGCGUCUUGGUUAUUUCAGAUGGAUGUAGACCACAACCGGCAGUGCGGGUGAGAGCCCAGCAUGCCAUGUGUCUGGAUUAGAUGGUAGCUGACACUGAGCUCAAACACCAGCGUUUUGUUUUGCUCCUCCGUAUCUCACCGUCCAAGCACUGCAUUCAAGAUAUUCAGUCCUCAAGUGCAUUUGCAAUAUUUAUAUGUUGGUAUUUAUACAGCUUUUUUACUGUGUAGUUGUAGCACUGAUGCCAUUUGACCUGCAGAGGCGUACCUGCACAUGGACAGGUGUGGUAUCACCGUGUCGAUGAUGAUGCCUAUUUGUAGAUCUUUAUCUGACGUUGUCUUUUAUAGUCCCUUCAAGGAAAGCCAUACAACAAAUGAGAAUAAAGACUUUGUACUUGGCAACGACUCCAGACCUUUUUCCUAACCGCCUGAGCACAUGAGUUGUGUUUAAUGUGUGGCGGCAAUAUUGGGUCACAGGGUUCACUUCACGUGUGCUUGUUAUCAGGCGCAGUGUGUGUGUGUGUGUGUGUGUGUGUGUGUGUGUGGAGGAGGGGGGGUUGCAGGAGGCCCCGGACUUAUCAGGUCUCAACAGCAGCACCUGCUGGGUUCUCUUUCCUGACAGUUUGUGGCUGUCCCCAAGCCUUUUGCAGCCCCCAACCUCAGGCACGUCAACAAGCUCAGCGAGUUUGUUUUUUUUCCACUGCUGGUUUUCUUGCUCUCAUCAGCUCUUUGAGAAGAUGCCGCAAACCAAAGGCACAACCAACCAACACAUUUGUCCACCUACCUUCCAUGAAAACAAGCGUGUGCUCAUUUAAAGAAACACUUUGAUGCCACGCCUGCGAAUGUAAAGAAUACCGGCAGCGUGGUUGCUCGUCUCGCCAUGCAGUUCAUUUGAAUUGACAGGUCCCCGUGCUUAUGGUGCUUCUAGUCUGCAUCAUACUGCCAGGGGGUUUUAUUCUUUGGUUGCCUUCCUUUAGCACGCCGGCAGAUUGCAAAUAUUAGUGACCAGCGCAUAGUAUUGCGUCUUGGAGUGUAUGUUCUGCUUGCCUUAUAUUUGUGUUGUAGUUUAUUUCGCCAUUUUUAGGAUUGAAAGGUUCAUUUUAGGCAAAAACUACCGUACAUCAAAUGUGCCUAAAUAUGAUAUUUUCUACUAACAGUGGGUUGCAUUCAACCACAAAACAUACCCCUGCGUAUUUGGGGUGUAGAAUAGGCCCGCUGUACUCCCAGCAGGUCGUAAGAGGCGACUAAGUGGGACGGUCUGUUUGCCGUGGACUGUGACCCGUGUCGGUGGAGAAAGGGAUCCUGG